AUGAAUCCCGCCGAGUGUCAAAAUGCCUACACAAAGGUAUUCGAAGAGAAGACAUACCGAGGGCAACUCCUCUCACUGCUCUCUCGAGUUGAGUGCGCUGCUCUACAAGACGCCUAUCUAGCGUCCCUUCCGAGUGAUACUUGCAAGAGGAAACAUCGCUACCGGAGUAAAGGAACCGGACUGCCUGCGUAUGUUGUAUGCUCCUGUGGGGGUGAGCUCUGGGGAAGGGAAGAUGUCCCUGAGUUGAACCAAGCAGCGGUGUUGGGGCAUACCCUGCUCCAUUUUGGUGCAGAGGAGGGCUGCGCGGCUUGUAUAAAAACUGGUGUCAUAUUCAUGUUCCGAUCCUGGCUUCUAAGUUCCAGCGAAGAUCGGGAGCUAAUAGCACUUUCGUUGGUCGCAGCUUGUGAGUGUGUCUCAAGGCAGUACUUGCUGUCAACCAGUCAGAACGCCAUUACCCAAGACCUCGCCAUGGAAUGCCCGGGGCCAUGCCAGCAGCGCAUUCUUAAGUGGUGCCAUGGUAUGAUGCCUAAUAAGGCAUUGGAUAUGCUUGCUGGUGUUGAAGGAGACUUGGAAGACUCAUUCCGCAAAGGUUUGACGUCACUCUGUGAUUCUCCAGGGGUACAGCUCCCCACUGGCUCCAAGCCUUUUGCGCCUUGGGCCGGGCCUGCUCUCAAUAGUGUUUUGCUAAAAAGAGCCCGCAAAGACCGACCAGUCCGACAAACGAAGCUCCCUUCGUUUGAGGCAUACCUACGUGAACGGCUGGCCGACGGCUUCUGGUAUGCAAUGAAAGCAGCAGUCAGCUCUCCAGAUGCUGACAGGCUCUAUCUCACCCGAUACUCAACCGGAAUUUAUGAGUAUGCCAUUGACUCGGCAUGUGCAUUUGAUACUAUGGGCCACGCCCGGGCACUCCAAGAGGAUGCAUUGUACGGUGCAUGCAGUUAUGAUCGCCAGCCAUUAGACCAGCUCCCGGAUUCGAGGUCCGAUUCUUACGACGAUAUUAUCUAUGCUGCGGGAUACUUAUCCCUGGCAUCAUAUGUGUGGGGUGCCAAUGCGCACCUUGACCUGUUGCGCGGACAAGUCAAUCAAACAUCUGCUACCCCUCUGUCCGGAAACUGGUAUGCUCGAGUUUGGCACGAUGCACUGUUUGGGCAGUCUACACCUGGGGAGCUAUACAAAUGGACAGCACGUACAAAGACCACGGGAGCUUCACUGGGGAUCGAGAGUUCACCGAAUGUCAGUCUGACUGUAGCUGUCCCGAAAGAUACCAUAAAUAUGGUCUUGGAGCAACGUUGUUCUGGGCACGAGAAACGUGGUGUGGCGUACCCUGUCCGACUGCGCCAUUUGAUGUGUGAAUGUUUGGCUCCUUUGUCGACGGUGUACGGGCUAUCCUCCGUUGUGGUGAGGGGAAACAUAGCCCUGCACCAGAACGAACCGCGUCUGCAGCCUUGCCCGUCCGGAAAGCAUGCAUUGGCGGGAUUGCGCAGGUGA